AUGAUCUAAUAGCCAUUUGAGAUCUUAGUUUCACUUUAGAUUUCGUUGAACACGAACGUAAAUCGUAAAAAAAAUGAGUUUUAUUCUUGCAUCUGCAGUUUGUUUGCCUGUUGUUUCUGAGUCAGUUAUUACUGAGCAUAGAUAUACAUAUCGGAGAAUGUCCAGUUCAGGUUUAACUUCUGAAGCUCAGCUUCGAUACAUGAUUCAAUGGUUUGAAGAGUUUAGUGAACUGCAGAGAGAGGAUUUCUUGCCAAUACUUGCUGCUGCUCAUGGAGAUAAACCUGAUCAGCUAACUGCAGGUCUCUCUACACUUACCUGUGAUGACAAGCCCCUGAGCUUGUUUCAGUGUCGUAUUAAGCUGUUUAAUGAAUGGUAUCCAACGUGGAACGAGGAUCAAAAAGAACGCCUGAUUAAGGCAGUAACCGAGACUGACCCAGAUUUUGGAGAAAAACUCCAAGACAUUCUUACAAAUGGCAUCAAAGUAAAUGGGAUUGAUGAGUUUUUUUCUACAAUUGAAUAUAGUGAAAAUAAAGAGUUGUCUGCGACUGAACAGACAUCAGAUGGAGAAAAUCUAGUAACACAAGAGGUUGCUGUAGAAAUUGCAGCAGCUUCCUAAAAUAUUAUCAAGGUAUCUUGAAAUUGAGAAAAUACACACAUUUUCUUAAUAAUUUUAAAAGAAAUCUGCUAUACUAUGACGCAAUAUGGAAUCCAAAUGAAUCCAAAAAUAAUAUUUGGCUUUCAUUUCAUUACGUUUUGUACACCGCAAACUUUUGCUUAAACAUAAUUCAUGGGGUCUAUAUUUGUGAUAUUGGAUCACCUUUCAUUUCCUUUCAAGAUAAGCUGUAAUGCUGCAAAAGCACAAUAUUUAGAGGUAUAGAGAGAAGACUUUAUAACUAUUUAGUUGAGUCUUCGUGAGUUAAAAUAGAUAAAAAGGAUUGAUCUUUGAGUCUGUAUGAACAAGAAAAAGCUUAUGUGGGUGGGUGAAUUUGGCCUGUUUUUGGUGGUAAAUUAAUAUCUAUUUUUAAUUUUAUAAAUAUUUAAACUUUCUUCUUAGAUAAAUAUAUCUUUGAGUUCCAAAUUGAUAUGAACUUAUGAUAUAAGGAUAACUAUAUACUUUAGCCUGAAUGUUGGCUUUUUAAAUGUUAUUUCAUAGAUAAACAAAACGAAAAGGAUAUGCAUAGUCCUACCUUUUUUGUUUUAGAUGUAUUAUAGUCAAAUAUUUAUUGCAAAGAAGCACAAUUAUUCACAUAGUUAUACUAUAAACAUAUAUCUUGCCAUUUGCAGUCUAUUGAUAUACACUUAUAUAACAUUCCUAUCUUUAUGUAUAUAGUUUUUAGUAUAUUAUGUAUAAUGUAGACUUAGAAAUUAAAUAUUAAAAUGUCAUUCCUAUUUAAAGGUAGUCGGUACAAAUUUCAAAAUUGCAUAUAUGUACUACAUUCCAUUUAGUUUUAUUUUACAAUGUCUAUUAUAUUUUUAUUAGGAAUAGGAGAAGUUACUCCUUCCGACACUCAAGAAUUGCUAAGAUAAGUUUUGGAAAAUUAAGUAUAUAUGUUUAUUUAAUAGAAAACAUGCAGCUAAUUAAAAUUGAAUCUCGCAAAGUUACAAUUCUUUUAAACAUUGUCAAAUACAUCAGUGUUUUAUCUUGCAUCCAAAGAAUAUCAAACAAGUACAAAACACAAAUUGUGCCAAGCGUGAACAUUCCUUUUUUAUUUAAAGUUAAUAUAUUUCUUUAUUGUCAUUAAAAAUUAUUUUGUAGUGAUAAAAGGUGCUGGCUAUGUGUGUGUGAAUGAAAGUAUCGGCAAUUUUUUCAUAUUUAAAUAAAGUAUUAACGCUA